AUUAUGUAUUCUUUAAGAGUCACAGUUUGUGUAGCAAAUAUGUGGUCUUUAUUCAGGCUAUUUCUGCCUCUAUCUCUACUUAUCAUUCUUCAUGCUGAAGGUGGAAGCUUCAACAAGAAAAUUAGCCCAUUCAAUAAUUCGAUUUCGGCAAUUUUUGUGUUCGGAGAUUCAACUGUUGAUUCUGGCAACAAUAAUUAUUUGGAAACUCCUUUUAAAAGCAAUUUUCCACCUUAUGGAAUGGAUUUCAGCAACCAUAUUCCCACAGGAAGGUUUACAAAUGGCCGCCUUGUCACUGAUUUUAUAGCUUCAUACAUAGGGAUCAAAGAGUAUGUACCACCUUAUUUGGAUCCAAAUCUAAACUUGGAGGAGUUGAUGACUGGAGUUUCUUUUGCUUCGGCCAGCUCCGGGUUCGACCCCCUCACACCUACCCUAAGC